AUGGCCUCACAAUUCUUCUCCCUCGAGGGCCAAACCGCCCUCGUAACAGGCUCCACGCGCGGCAUCGGCGCCGCCGUAGCCGUAGGCCUCGCCGAGGCCGGCGCCGACAUCCUCCUUGUCCAACGCGACGAGUCCAACACAUCCACGAAGCAGGCCAUUGAGAAGCUCGGCCGCAAGGCCCAGAUUUACACGGCCGAUCUCAGUUCCCAGGAGAGCGUCGCCGGACUCGUGCCAAAGGUGCUCAACGACGGUCACGAGAUCCGCAUUCUCGUCAACUGCGCCGGCGUCCAGAAGCGGCACCCCUGCGAGAAGUUUCCCGACGAGGAUUUCGCUGCUGUCAUGCAAGUCAACCUCAACUCCGUCUUCACCAUAACCCGCGACGUAGGAGCCCACAUGCUCGCCCUAUCCCCACACCCCGUAACAGGCCGCAAGGGAAGCGUGAUAAACUACGCCUCCCUCCUCACUUUCCAAGGAGGCUUCACUGUCCCGGCCUACGCGGCCUCCAAGGGUGCCGUAGGCCAGCUGACAAAGUCGUUUGCAAACGAGUGGACCUCAAGAGGCAUCACCGUCAACGCCAUCGCGCCGGGCUACAUCGAGACCGAGAUGAAUACGGCGUUGCUCAAUGACAAGGAUCGCCUCGCGAGCAUCAGCGCAAGGAUCCCCGCGGGUCGAUGGGGUACCCCCGAAGACUUCAAGGGAACGUCUGUUUAUUUAGCGAGCAAGGCGAGUGGGUAUGUGAGCGGGCACGUUUUGGUUGUUGAUGGUGGUUGGAUGGGUCGGUAA